ACGAUCAAAUUUGUUUUCCAUUGAGAUAUCAAACCGAUUUAAACUUCCACGAUGUCUUGGGACGACGGAAAACACACGAAGGUUAAGAGAGUUCAGCUUACGUUUGAUGACGUCAUCAGAUCUAUCGAGGUCGAAUACGACGGAACCUCUCUUAAGUCCCAGCCACGUGGUCCCGUUGGCACCACAUCUGACGGAUUUACACUAAGCUCCGAUGAGUACGUAACCGAAGUGAAUGGUUACUACAAAACUACUUUUUCGGGAGAAGUCAUAACGUCGUUGACGUUCAAGACGAACAAAAGGACAUAUGGGACUUACGGAAACAAAACCAGAAACUAUUUUUCUGUUACCGCACCAACAGAUAACCAGAUUGUUGGUUUUCUAGGAAGUAGCAGCCAUGCUCUCAACUCCAUCAACGCUCAUUUUGCCCCUGCUCCUCCCUCUGGUAGCACCGGAACUAAGCCCGGUGCUAGUGGCAUCGGAAGCAAAGAUUCUACCACCGGAAGCAAAGAAUCUAACACCGGAGGCAAAGAAUCUAACACCGGAAACGAAUCCAACACCAGUUCUAGUCCUCAAAAGUUGGAAGCACAAGAAGGCAAAGAAGGAAAUCAAUGGGAUGACGGAGCCGAUCAUGAUGGUGUUAUGAAGAUACAUGUUGCAGCUGGUGGUCUAGGAAUUGAUCAAAUUAGAUUCGAUUAUGUCAAGAACGGACAGUCAAAGGAAGGACCCUUCCACGGUGUCAAAAGAAGAAGUGGCAGUUCAACGUUUGUGAUCAAUCAUCCCGAAGAGUAUCUUGUUUCCGUCGAGGGUUGGUACGACUCUUCCAAUAUCAUUCAAGGAAUUCAGUUUAAAUCCAACAAACACACUUCUCAGUACUUUGGAUAUGAAUUUUCUGGAGAUGGUAAACAAUUUUCACUUCAUGUUAAUGACAAGAAGAUCAUUGGUUUCCAUGGUUUUGCGGACUCGCACCUUACUUCCCUUGGAGCUUAUUUCGUUCCAAUCUCAUCCUCUUCUUCCUCCUUGACUCCUCCUCCCAACAAAGUUAAAGCUCAAGGAGGAAAUUAUGGAGAAACCUUUGAUGAUGGUGCUUUCGAUCAUGUAAGAAAGGUUUAUGUUGGUCAAGGUGAUUCUGGUGUAGCUUAUGUCAAGUUCGAUUACGAGAAAGACGGGAAAAUAGAGACACGUGAGCAUGGAAAAAUGACAUUGUUAGCAACAGAGGAGUUUGAGGUUGAUUUAGAUGAUUUCAUAACAUCAAUGGAAGUCUAUGUCGACAAAGUCUACGGUUAUAAAAGUGAAAUCGUCGUUGCUCUUACCUUCAAGACCUUUAAGGGCAAAACCUCACCGCGUUUUGGAGUAGAGACUGAGAAUAAAUAUGAAGUCAAAGAUGGUAAAGGAGGAAAACUUGCUGGUUUCCAUGGAAAAGCUAGUGAUGUUCUUUAUGCUCUUGGUGCUUAUUUCACUCCAACAGCAAUAUAGAGAGUUUUUAAGUUUCCUUCUCUCUUUAUUACGUAAAAUAAGUUUCAUGCUUACGCAUUUGUCACUUGGAAGUUUGAAUAAUUCAGCUUUUACUAUGUUUGGAUGUAAUUUAUGCGAUCAUAUGUAAUGUUUCUACUUUGAUGGUGUGUUGUACUUGUCGAUAUUAAUAAAGGAUGUUUGUUUUC